UACGUUGUAGCUGACUGACUGACUAACUCCUACCAAUCCAUGAUAUUGAGCAACCAUCUUCCAUUUUCUUUGGUGGAAAACUUCCUCACACCCAACAUCGUUCAGUUUCACUGGUUACGCUCUUUCAAUAGAAAUCUGGAGAAUCCCUCUCAAAGCUAGUUACUGGUGAAUACAUGAUAAUUAUUGUGGUGUUGUAAUGACUGUUGAAUUAUAGUGAGAAUGGGAGUUGAAUUUGUUUUUUACUCUUAUAACUCGACCCUUCCUAUCACUAUUUCCAAUUUCUUCGAUUUUUUAUUCUACUUAGAACUGGGUAUUGAUGGCUUAGCUCAUACACGUGAUUGGAUUAAACAAGCACAUGAUGAUAUUCUUCAUGUAUCACAUCAACCAAUUAAUCACGAGUGCCUCAAUAAUUCCAACAAUAUCAUCACCAAUAAUAAGAACACUCCAGUGGAUCUUAAAAAAACUUCGGAUGAUUGUUCUACCACAAAUAAUGAUACUAUCCCAUUGACACCGAAUAAUAUACUACGUGAAACGUACUUAAAGUUAUUGACAUGGCCACGUAAUCGUGAUUGGCCUGAAGUAAAUUUUGAGUGUUGAAUGUUAUAUUUAUAACCUUUAAUGAAUGGUCUUGGUCCUACGUUGUAGCUGACUGA